AUGGAAUCGGGAGCCAAUGCAGGCUCAGAUCAGGUAGCGUCGCCGCCGCGGAGCAUCCUGGAUGGCUUCGUGUCUUCCUCGGACACGCGGCCCAUCAUCCAGGAGAACGUCUACGUCAUUCUGGGCCACGGCAAGUUCCAGAGGAGGGUGCUGCUCUGCGCCGUGCUUUGCCUGACGGUGCUUCUGCUGCACGCGUUCGCGUACCGACUCAUCGGUCGUCCCGUGCAGCACUGGUGUCGCCCGCCCGACGAAUUUCUGCACGUGCCCGUCCAGGAGUGGAAAAACGUGGCCAUACCCGUCUUGGCCGACGGCAGCCUCAGUGACUGCACCGUAUACGACCCACCGCUGCCGGGAGAAAACGGCGAAGGACGAAGAGUAGUGUCUUGCAACCAGUGGGAUUACGCCGGUGACCGACAGGAAGACAGCAUCGUCAGCGCCUGGGACCUGGUGUGUAGCCGCCACUGGCUCUACGCGCUGUCGGAGUCCACAUACAUGAUGGCCCCCAUGGUGUUCGUUCCACUGGCAGGAAUCGCGGCGGACCGCGAGGGGCGCAGGCCCAUUAUCCUUGCCGGCGCCUUCACAAUGCUGCUUGCGAGCCUUGCUGCCAGUUCGUCGCAGGUUUUCGCCGUGUUCGUUGUGACACGGUCUUUUGUUGCCGCCACGACCAGCACCACCAAUCUGCUGGUUUUCAUCGUGCUUUACGAGGUGACGGGCGAGGAACAUCGCGCUCUCUACAGCCUCCUGGCUACGAGCAUCGGUUCGGCGAUGGCGAUGCCGCUGAUGUCCCUCGUGUCGUUGGCCAAUCCGCGUUGGUGGCUAUCACACACGUUCCUCGCAACGGUCACGGCGGUGGCGGGUGCCUGGUGCGUCAUGAUCGACGAGUCUCCGGUCUGGCUCAUUGAAACGCACAGAAUUCGGCUAGCCGAGCUCGUGAUACUGAACGCUGCCGCGCAGAACCGCAUCGACCUGGCCAAGGCCAGGACAACGUUCAAGGCGCUUAGGCACCAGCUGGAGAAGCGAGAGACAGCGCCCCCGACGAGCACCACCGGCUCGGCCAGCGUAUCCACGCGUAGCCGGCGCGCUGUAUCCGUCCUCAUUUCCUGGUUCGGAGUGUGCUUUGCUUUCUACGGAACAGGCCUUCGUGAGACGGCGCUCGAUACCCAUUGGGCGGUCUUGGCAUUCACGCUACACGUGCUGCUGCUCAUCGCCACCUACCGAGGCAUCACUAAGUGGGGCCAACGAGUCUCGUUGUCCAUGGUGCUGGCGUUGCUCUGCGUGUCCAGCGCCCUCCAGGCCGCACUCCAUCAAUUGAAAAUCACCGUGCCCUGGACCGUGCUUACGAGACUCGUGGUCAACAGCAGCGCCGCCGUAUCCAUGUCGGUGAACUACGGCUACACGACGGAAGUGUUCCCCACCUCGAUACGAAGCAGAGGGCUUUGCGUGUCGUACUCGGUCGGGCGCGCUGGCGCGCUGCUGGCCACGUUUCUGAACUCGAUGUUUUCUAACAAUGCUCUAGUAUUCGACAUCACCAUGACGCUGAUCGUGUUCGCUAGCGGGAUGGCGAUCCAGUGGCUGCCCGAAAUAUUUGUCCACAAGAAGAUGCAGCCGUCGACACUGGAGCCGGCCGCAUUGACCGAUGAGCAACGGAAGGAAGCGCUGAAGGCAUCCUUGGCCCAGGGCACGGAGUCUGUCGCCAUGAAGGCCAAACGUCACAAACGACGUCGCAAGCCAGCACACGACGUGACGUCACCAGAAGUGCUAACACCGUCUGGGAUGAUGUCCCCAAUGGCAGUGGUUAGCACAAGUGACAAGUACCUUUAUUCGUCCAAGAGUGCGAGACACUCGCAGCAGAAUAAGAAAGGAACAAACAGCACGGUCGUUUCGCCACCGUCACUAGGACCCAUUUCGCGCUGA